UGUGCAAUAUGUCUCGAUACUUUCGUAAAAGGAGCAUAUGUACACAAAUUGCAUUGUGGUCACCCAUAUCAUGAAAGGUGUAUACAAAAAUGGAAGAAACAGAGAACCACCUGUCCAACAUGCCGAUUUGAAAUGCGGGAUGAAUUCAGUGCAAGAAGCGUCAUUACCAUUGAAAAGAAAGAAAACGACAGACAAUUUGUUCAGAUUGAGAUUCUC